CUUCUUUCUAUAUCUCUCCCUCUUCAGCUGAGUUCCAGCACUGUCUAUUUGCAAGAUGGCGGGCUACGACACUGUCCCCCAUAAUGCCGAGGUGAAGGUGGACAGAUUCACCCUGUCGAUCCCCGAUCAGGAAAUAUCAGAUUUCAAAGACCUGCUGCGACUUUCCAAGCUAGCCCCGAAAACAUACGAAAAUAUGCACACUGAUGAUGGCAAGUUUGGUGUCAGUUACUAUUGGAUGAAGAAGGCAAAAGACUACUGGCUGAACGAAUAUGACUGGCGUGACAUUGAAAAGUUCAACAACUCGUUUCCCAAUUUCAUUGCCCACAUCAAGGACGACGACGGGGAGGAUUUCCGCAUCCAUUUCGUGGCUCUCUUCUCCAAGAAGCAGAAUGCCGUGCCACUCCUGUAUAUGCACGGUUGGCCAGGUAGCCAUCUCGAGCACCUCGACAUCAUGGACCUCUAUCGCAAGAAAUAUUCGCCGGAAGAUCUGCCUUACCAUGUCAUUGCUCCCUCGCUGCCAGGGUGGACCCUCAGUUCCGGUCCGCCUCUGAGCAGGGACUUCGACACCGAGGAUAUCGCGCGCAUCAUGAACAAACUGAUGGUGGGUCUAGGGUUUGGGAGUGGCUAUGUCUGUCAAGGCGGCGACAUCGGUUCGUUCACGGCCAAGGUCAUGGCAGGAACGUAUGAUGAGUGCAAAGGUGUCCAUUACAACUUCGCCGUGUCCAGCGAGCCACCCAAGAACGUGGAUGAAAGCCUGAUCACCGAGUCCGAGAGACAAGGCAUGGAGACACGGAUGAAGGCCUUCUACACGACCGGAAACGCCUAUGCGCGAGAACACGGCACCCGGCCGGCGACAAUCGGGUUUGUGCUCGCCAGCAGCCCGCUCGCCCAGCUAGCAUGGAUCGGCGAGAAAUUCAUCGAAUGGACCGACGAGACGCCGCCCCUCAAAAACAUCCUCGACUCCAUCACCUUGUACUGGUUCACCGAGUCCUUCCCACGCUGCAUCUACUGCUACCGCGAGUUCUCCGUCCCGGGGAGCCGCGGCCUUCCGCACGGGAACCCAAAGUACAAGAACGACAAGCCGGUCGCGUACUCGUGGUUCCCCAAGGAGCUGGCGCCGGUGCCGAGGGCGUGGGUGCUCGCGCAGGGCCACAACCUGGUGCUCUUCCGCCAACACGAAUCGGGCGGCCACUUCGCGGCCAUGGAGAAGCCCAAGGAAAUGCUUGCGGACAUGGAGGAGUUCAUCCAGAAGAUCGGCUGGCCGGUGAAGAAGGAGUGAGGACUGCCUCCCCCCUCCCCCGAGCAACGUUCUGCGCGGCCGAGUCCGGUGUCCUCCUCCCCCUUCCCUUUGCCCUCGAGAGUUGACAUGUUCCCCCUUUUCUAGUCCGCGCCCGGGCACAACGGGGAGCGAUAGCCGUCUAUAAUACCGUGAGAGAGGUCAUUCAAUAUCCCUUGUUGCUCGUGUGCCAGACGGGCAGGUCUUAAUGACGGGUACUAUACGCACGGGAGUGUCUUGCAGGCAUUAUGUCCGUUGAAUAAAUGAAUGAAGACG